GCGAGAAGUUGCACGACAUGUGACAAGGUGUUGUCCGAACUGGAGAAGAUCGACGACGAUACGGACCACUUUGGGGUAGAUUUCGUCAAGAUCAACGACAAACGUCUGGCCAAGCAAUAUGGCAUCAAGAACUUCCCAGCGCUCACCUACUUCCGCGAGAAGGAACCGAUCAUCUACGAAGGUGACUUGAUGGACGAAGAAAACGUGCUAGACUUCCUGACGAGUCUAGAAGCGAUGGACCUGCCCGAUCGCAUUGAAGAAGUAAACGCAAAGAUCUUAGAAAAGAUCGUCGAGGAUACGGAAUUCGUGGCAGUCCUUUUCUACAAGCCUGACUGCAAAAAGUGUCUGAAGGCCCUUCAAGAACUGGAGAACAUCGACGACGAGGCCGAUCAAUUGGGGAUCGGUUUCGUGAAGAUCGCGGACGAACAACUCGCCGACGAAUAUAAUCUAGGCCCACUUCCGGUUCUGGUCUACUACAGGCACCAGAUUCCUAUAAUUUACGAGCAUGAGCUUAGCAGAGAGGAGGACGUACUGGAAUGGCUGGUAGCGAACAAGAGCACAGGGGACGAAGAGGACGUGAUCGAGGAUGUGACCGCGAAGACUCUGCAAACCCUGAUCGGGAAUAUCGACAAUCUAGUUGUUUUAUUCUACAACCACGGUGACGAGGAUUCGAUGCAAGUGCUGACCGAGCUGGAGAAGAUUGACGACGAUUGCGACAAGCACGGGAUACAAUUUGUGAAAAUCGACGACGAGAGAGCUGCGAAGGACUUUGGAAUCGACUCAGUGCCGGCGAUCGUGUAUUUCGAGAAACAAAUCCCAAAUCUUUACGAUGACGACAACAACGACCGAAAAUCGCAAAAGGUUCUCAACGAAUUGGAAAAUAUCGACGACGAGUGCGAUCAACUGGGCAUAAUCUUUGUGAAGAUCGACAACACGGAGGAAGCAAAGGAAUACGGUAUUGAAAAGAUUCCCAGCAUGCUCUACUUCGAGAAAGGAAUACCAACACUAUACGAAGGAAACUUGGAGGACGAAGAGAAGGUUCUGAAGUGGCUGGAGGGUCAACAGAAAAGCGAUCACAUCGAAGACAUCACAGAUGAAAUGCUCGAUAUGGUCAUCGAGAAGAUGCCUCACGUAGCCGUCCUCUUUUAUGACAAGGAUCAGAAGAAGAGCCAGAAGGUUCUUGGUGAAUUGGAGAACAUCGAUGACGACUGUGACCAGCAUAAUAUAGCGUUUGUGAAGAUUUCCGAUGUAGAGGAAGCCAAGGAGUACGGAAUCGAUUCUCUGCCUACGCUGGUAUUCUUCGAGAAAAGGAUACCACACGUGUACGAAGGAGAUCUGAUGAACGAGGAUCAACUGCUCGGCUGGCUACUGCAUCAGAAGAAACACACAGAGAUACCGGAGGUGACCGACGAGAUGAUGGAGAAGCUGAUUGAGACCUCGCCGUACUUGGCAGUCCUGUUUUACGACAAGGACGACAAGCAGGACAUGCGUAUCCUGAACGAGUUGGAGAACAUCGACGACGAGCUGGAGAAGGAAGGGAUCGUGAUCAUUCGUAUGGACAACGACGCCGAGGCGAAGGAAUACGGUAUCGAUCACCUUCCGACUCUCGUCUACUUCGAGAACAAGAUCCCGGCCAUCUACGAGGGAGAUUUAUUGAACGAGGACGAAGUUCUCGAGUGGCUGAUCGAGCAGAAGAACACCGCCACCAUCGAGGAAGUGACGGACGAGAUACUGGUCGAUUUGAUCGAGGAACACGAAUACGUCGUCGCGUUCUUCAGCGGAGAUUGCGAGGAUAGCGACGAGUGCGAGAAAGUCCUCGAAGAGCUCGAGAACAUCGACGACGAGCUAGAUGAAACUGGUAUCAUCUUCGUCACUACGGAAGACACGGGAUUCGCGAAGAAACACGGGAUCAAAAGCUUUCCCACCCUGGCUUUCUUCAGGAACAAGGAGCCCUUGAUCUUCAAGGGCGAUAUCGAGGAUGAGGACGAGGUUCUUUCGUGGAUCACCGACGAGGACACUCUCGAGAUACCAGGGAAAAUCGAGGAAGUGAAUUCCAAGAUGUUGGAGAACAUUCUUGAGGAGAACGAUUACAUUGUUGUCUUCUUUUAUAAGGAAGGAGACAAAAAGAGCCAGAAGAUCCUGCAAGAACUUGAGAACAUCGACGACGAAUGCGAGGAGAAAGACAUCGACUUCGUGAAGAUCUCGGACGAAGGGAUCGAGAAGGAAUACGAUCUUCCUGGGCUGCCAGCGUUGGCUUUCUACAGGCACAAAUUCCGUCAGGUUUACACAGGUGACAUGAUGCACGAGGAAGCGAUUCUAGAGUGGAUACUGGAGCUUCGAACUCAGACACCGGAUGUGAUCGAGAACGUCGACCGGAAAACUCUACAGGUGCUGAUCAACGACGUUGAACAUCUCGCUGUAUUCUUUUACGAUGACAAAUGCGAAACGUGCUCGGAAAUACUCGAAGAGCUGGAGACCAUCGACGACGACACUGACAAACACGGUAUACAAUUCGUUAAGUCGAACGACGCGAAACUAGCCGCGGAAAUUGGCGUCUUCUCGUUUCCGGCGCUCGUUUAUUACGAGACUGGCGUGCCCAUCAUGUACGACGGCGACGGCUGUUUCUACAUCGGCAUGGGAGGUAAAAGCGCGAAACCCAAGAUUCCCUCCUAUGAGCCCUACCAGUGCUGUCCUGCCAAGGUCGCCCACGGCACCAAGGUCGCCAAGGUCACGAAAGUCGGCCCGGUGACCAAGGACAAGGGCAAAGUACAUGAGAGGUCCGAAAAGCUGGCGCUACCCGGCCUGAAGCCGAUUAACAAGCUCACCGCGAAGGACAGCAAAAAGACUGCCACGGUGUCAUCGGGGGUUAGCAAACCGAGCGACCAGAAGGCCAAGAAGGGAUUCUUCGGAAGCGGUAAAUAUCUGAACUGGCUGUGGUAAUCCGCGCAGUUAAAUCACUGCCCAUGAACAUCCAGGACUUGAACCGAAUCAACGCUCAUCACGGAAGAAUUAAAGUUUGAUUUGACAAACAUGGUAAUGAAGGGGGGAGGGAAAGAACACAGAGUGUUUCACGUGGUUGGGCUAAGCUGUAGCUUUUGAAAGAUCGGCUUUUUGCGAGGUAAAAUUAAAGUGCGUUAAAGUUCCCCGUUUUUAUUUUUUCAUUUUACAUCAAAUUACUUGCGUCCGAAAAUAAUUAACUCGAAGAACUACUCUUGUAUUCAUGUCUCUUCGUUAUUUUUAAUUUGGUCGUUUAAUUUUACCUCGAGUGAUUUUUGUUUGCCUGUCGUCGUUACAAAAUUUCGCCCAGUUACGUGGAACACUCGAUACAUGUAGGAUAUUAGAGAAAUUUGAACAAUAUUUAUAAGAUCUAACAUUAGACAUUAAGACAAUUAACACAGGAAAGUUCUUCGAAAGGAACAUAAAGAACAUAAAGCUUAUCAGUAGCAGCUACUAAAUUAUAAUACACAAUUAUAUCAUACAAUCUAUAAUUUUUCACAUUGUAUAUAAUUCUGUAUUGGUUUACGCAAUUAUUUGUCUCAAUGUCUAUAGUUUCACGUCUUACAAAUAUUCUUCUUACUUUUUUUCUAACAUCCAUACUUGUGGCAUAUGGGUGAACUAUAAUACAACACUGAAACAAAUUAGUGUCCACGUGAAGAUUGGGCAGUGAUUUAAUUGACAAAGUAGGAAGCACGUAGCAGAGGGUGUUAGAUGAUAGAGAGAGAAAAAAAAAAAAAAAAAAAAAAACGAAGUGACAGCCGAUCUGUGUGAAGACGGGGGCUGGUAAGAAACGUUGAGUGAGAAAAAGGGCCCGCUGACGAAACAGUCUUCGUGUCUGGAAUACAGGUGUGUCGCGCGGUCCAUGAAGAGAAUCACGAGCCGCAAGUUCUGCAGACGAGCAAGACGAUCCAAGAAAACGUGCCUAGGAAUGCCGGUGGGCUGCCUCCUCGGAUUCCUCGAAUCGUCGGGAUAACAGUUUCGCGAGAGUCUCUAGCCUUCUAACACACACGUUCGAUCAACCAUCUUGUAAAUGUUCUAGAGCGACCGGAUAUAAUAUGCGUAACUGUUAAAUGCAAUUCAACCGCGACGGAGCUAUAAUCUGCAAUAAUUUUCUAGAAGAAUUUUCUAAAAAAAAAAAAAAAAAAAAAGAACCGAGGUUCAAUGUUUUUCUUCUUUUUUCUUUUUUAAGUCCAACUUACAACUGGAUCGUUGAGUUUCUAUUUCAUUUCGAUUUUCUUUCUUUUCGACAAUCGGUGUUAUAGCUCCGUCUGAUUGUCUACCAGAUCCUCUCCUGCUUCCUGCUACUAUUGUGUAUGUCUGUCCAAGAGCCUUG